AUGACGACCUGCACGACACCGGCAGGCGAGACGUGCAGGGCGCCGCAGGAGCCACUGCCGUUCGGCUCAUUGUGCGGCACGAGGCCAAGCGGCGCCGCCUCCGCCCACAGCUGCGUUGAGGACUCCAUUGUGACGAGGAACAGCGGUCCACCGUCGGGGAGCAGCGGGCCGGGCGGCGCGGCGGUGGCGGUGCAGUGCACGAUCAUCUCCUUCUCGGCAGAGCCAAUCGGCAAAACAUUUGUCUUGUGCGUGAGCGUGUUCAUCACAGCGCAGUCCUUCCGUGACGCGUACACCAGCAGACUGCUCUCCUCGAUGAAGUUGAGGUUGUUGUACAGCAUCGAUGGCGGCAGACAGGCGUUGGUCGCCUUGUGGUCAGCCACAUGGCAAAAGGUGCGUACCAUUUGUGUGCCUCCACUCCCAGACGCUCAGCUACUCGCAGUCUGA